GCAGACAUCUAAUUUGAUUUGGCAAGAACAUGUUCCAAGCAGAGGAAGGAAAAGGCUAAAUAGUAAAUGCCUUAUCUAGCUGCUUUGAUUUGUUUUUUUCACUUUGCUUCAAGAUUCAUUGAAAUGUACACAGCUAGACUUUUGGGCCAAUUCCAGGGGUGAUGUACGGGUCGGUUUUGAUAAUUCUACACCCAAUUGACAGCCCUAUAAGGCUAUAACUGGUGGAGUGUGUGAACAAAUAAAUUCAUGAUUAUGAGACAAGUGAAUAGUUCUAUUUUACACUUAAGGCAUUACACUUCUAUCAUUUCCCCACGUUAUCGUCUCAUUACAUCUCAAACCUUUUUGUUUGAUAAUCUCUCUGUCUUUGCUCUUGCGAUUCCACGGCAAUAGAGCUGCACUUCCUUCUCACCUGUGACUCGGAGGGAGGCCCAUGAAUUCAAGGGCACAGGUCUUCUUGUUCUUGAGUAAAUGAGAGAGUGCUUGAAGCGGGGAUGAUGUCUUUGGUGACCCAUCAAGUGCAGGGUUCUUAUGCAACAUUUCCCUCGAGGCCUUUAUCUUGGAGCAAAGGGGUGAAAUUGAAGCACUGUGCAGUAACAGUUCAGAUUGCAGGGAGAAGAGAUAGGUGUUUGUCACUAAAACACAAAUUGCAUACAAGAGUAGAGGCUUCGUGUUCAUGUCGAUCAGAAGUUAAAGCUUUAAGAAUUUUAUCCUUUAAAGGCAAUGCGCGAAAUGAUGAAUCAGGAAGCAGAGCAAAUGGAUCAAAAGUUCCCAAAAAUUCUGCUAAACUUUCCUAUGUGCCAAAAGAGACGGAGGAAAGCAUGAUGGAAUCUCCAAAGGUGCACAAUGCUCCUGUUUCUUAUACUUCUGAAGCAAAUGAGACAAUUGAAGGGUCUCCUGCAAUUCACAAAUUAUUCAAGAAAUGGUUGACACGGUUGCGGACACAUUCACCAAUUCAAGCAGAAGAUGAACUUCUGGAAGGAGUCCCUCCAAGUGAAAUAUCACAAACUCAAAAGGCCUCUCAAAACAAGGAAAGAAGUGAGCUUCUUAAGGCGUCUUGGCAGUACUUUUUGGGAGUGGAUGCAACAAUAAAGAUACCUCUGUUGAUAUUCAUCCCAAGUUUAGUGGCUGUUUACACCAUACAUGGAGCUGACGUGUUGAAGGAGUUGACUCCUUUGUGGGUUUUGGGUCCCUUGAUUGUUGCUCUCUACAUCAAGAUGUUUCGGGCGUUGUGUGCACUCUACGUAUUCACCUUUAGGCAGACGGUUCAAGUUAUUAAAAACGUACCCACAUACUAUUCAGUUGCAUAUAGUUAUGUUGCACAGGGGAAGCUCAAUGCAGAUGUACGGGCUCGUGUUUGGGAUCCUAUAGCAAACAUUAAGAAAAAUCCCAAAGAGCUAUCUAGGAAAAAACUGGAGGAAUUGAAGGAAUGGGUAGUGGAAAUGUACCUGGAUUUUGUGGAAUCUAUCUGGCCCUAUUAUUGCAGAACUGUAAGGUUCCUAAAGAGGGCGAAUCUGAUCUAGAUUUGGAUAUCAUGGAAGUUUUUGGUGGUGAGGCUGAAUGACAAUACCAAUUGGAGAAGCUUACAAGAGUCUCUGACUUAAAAUAGAGUUGUUGAACCCCUUUUCUCCCACUUCCGCAUCUUUGGAGAAGGCAGGCAGAGGUUUUUAUUUACUUUUAGGUUACUGUAAUUUAAUUUUUGUGGAUCCCAAUUGACUUGUUUAUUUUUUGAGAUAUCUUGUUUGAGGGUAUGCUCAUUGUGAAAUCACUUCUUGAAUAAUUAGAGAUGCCAAGAUUUAUCACCAUUGAUCUUGCUAGAUCACUGGCCGUUUCCACCA